AUAGAGGGAGGAUUGCGCAGAUCUGGCCCUCUGAGCGGUGUCUACUGCGUCAUCCUUAUCAAGCAGAUGACUUUAUUGAUUUAGCAAACUCGACUGUGCUUUCUGUGUUCCUGUUAGAAAAAAGCUCUCGUCUGCCGCCAUCUCUGUUGCCGGCUGUGAAAACCAGUAUAGGUCGUUCUCUUCCUUUCAUGUUUCCUAACCUGGACAGCCCUGUUCAGACGCAGAUGGCUGUGGCAGUGUUUAAGAGUCCGCUUGGUGGGGAGUACCAUGGAAGUAAUAGGAUGGAGGGUAAACCUGCAGGGAGGAGACGUGUUUUUGUACAAACUGAGACUGGUUGCGUUUUGGGGAUGGAGUUAGAUCGGCGUGACAAUGCACAUACAGUGAAAAGGCGAUUGCAGCUUGCCCUCAAUGUUCCCACUGAGGAGAGCUCAUUGACAUUUGGUGAUAUGGAGCUGAAGAACGACCUCAGUGCUGUUCGAAAGGAUUAUCCUCUUCUACUAACACGGAAUUUAAUGCAUAGGAGUUCGUCAACUCCUUGUCUUUCACCUACUGGGAGGGAUAUCCAACAGAGAGAUCAGAGUGGUCCGAUUGAGAUCUUGGGGCAAUCACCUCGCUUUGCCAGAACAAAACUACUUGUCAAGGAUAUUGCCAAGGCGAUGAAGAUUGGGGUUGAUCCGAUCCCUGUUCAUAGUGGGCUUGGUGGUGCAUAUUAUUUCAGAAACAGCAAAGGUGAGAGUGUUGCCAUAGUGAAGCCAACUGAUGAAGAACCAUUUGCGCCAAACAAUCCGAAAGGAUUUGUGGGUAAAGCUCUGGGCCAACCAGGCUUGAAAGGUUCAGUGCGGAUUGGGGAAACAGGGUUCAGAGAAGUUGCAGCUUAUCUUCUUGACUAUGAUCACUUUGCUAAUGUACCUCCCACUGCACUGGUGAAGAUCACUCAUUCAAUCUUCAAUAUCAAUGACGGAGCAAUUGGAAACAAGCCUCAAAACAAGAAGCUUGUCAGUAAGAUUGCCUCAUUUCAGGAGUUCAUCCCACAUGAUUUUGAUGCCAGUGAUCAUGGAACCUCAAGCUUCCCUGUUGCUGCUGUACAUCGAAUUGGAAUCUUAGACAUUAGGAUUUUCAACACAGAUAGGCAUGCAGGAAACCUUUUGGUGAGGAAGCUUGAUGGUAUUGGGAGGUUUGGUCAAGUGGAACUGACUCCAAUUGAUCAUGGUCUCUGUUUGCCAGAAAGUUUGGAGGAUCCAUACUUCGAGUGGAUCCACUGGCCUCAGGCUUCAAUACCAUUCUCAGAGGAUGAGCUUGAGUACAUAGAGAAUCUUGAUCCUAAUAGGGACUCUGAGAUGCUACGAAGUGAGCUUCCCAUGAUUCGAGAGGCUUGCCUCCGAGUCUUGGUUCUCUGCACAGUUUUCCUCAAGGAAGCUGCUGUUUUUGGUCUCUGUCUCGCUGAAAUUGGUGAGAUGAUGAGUAGGGAGUUUCGUGCUGGUGAGGAGGAACCUAGUGAGCUUGAGGUUGUAUGUAUUGAGGCGAGGAUGCUGAUGGCCGAGAGGGAGAUUAUAUCUCCCAAGGCUGAAGAAGCAGAUGAGGGCUUCCAAUUUGAUAUGGACUGUGAGGAAGCAGGAGGAUUUGACUUCACUAGGAAGAUGGUAUCAGAGGACUACAUGACUGGGAUGCCAUUCCAUUUUGGUUUUGGAGGUGGUAAUGGCCGUUCUCCAUUUUCUAGAAUAGAGGAAAGCAUUGAGGAGGAGGAAAGUGAUGAAGACGACGACGACGACGACGAAAAGAGAUUUGUAGGUCUUCCAGCCACUGGUAAGAUCCCAACCGUUUCUAAGCUGUCAAUGUCCCUCAAGAAUACCAGUUUCGGUGAGAAGAUCCCGAAAUACCAGAAAUUAUCUGGAGCAAAACUAGAAAAUGGGUACCUGGCUGCUUCAUCAUCCGGCCAUAGCAGUGCAAAUGAGCAGCUUCCAGCAAGCGUGAGCUUUGUGAAGCUAGCAGACAUGACCGAGGAGGAAUGGGCACUGUUUUUAGAGAAGUUCCAAGAGCUGCUGUACCCAGCAUUUGCCAAGCGGAAGUCUGUGACACUCGGUCAGAAGCAGAGACAGAGGCUCGGGACCUCUUGCCAGUUUUGAGAGAGCCGUAUAACUACAUUUUGAAAACGAAUAAGACUGCAGGCUUGUUGGAGUGAAGGAUUCUUAGGGUAGGCUUGGUUUAUGGUUUUUCUCCCCGGAAGUUGUUUUACCAGGGAGUAGAUGUAGGAGGAAGUGGUGUAAAUAUUCUUGGAGGCACCUCAAGUGAAAGGGCUGAUUAGAAUUGGUUGUAUUUUUUGUGUUUCAACUUUUCCUUUUUUUUUUUUUAACUCACUCCUGAUGGACUUGUUUGAUAAAUAAUUUGUAGAAUGAAAUCUUAAAAAAAAAAAAAAAAAAGUCAUGUAGAAAUUGAACUUUGUUUCUUGAACUAUUUUUCUAUGAUUUGUCUUUCUUGUUAGCUUGUAAUGAAAGAUU